AUGGUUUCUCUACGCGACAUCGGCCUUCUGCUCCUCGCAGCCCCAAUCGCCAUGGCAGCACCAAAAGCUCCCUCCGAAGUAACCAUCAAAACCCUUCCCUUCUCCAAACCAGAGGACACUUCCAAAGCACCUUCAACCUCAGCCGUCGCCUCACCCGCCUCAGACGUCUCCCAAAAGGCUGCAUGCCAACUCCCCCUCCGCUUCACCAACUUCGCCCUCUACUCUGACACAGGCUGCAAAAAUGUUAUCUUCGACCCUUUCAUGCUCACCUGGGAUCCGUGCAAGGGCUACCAGUGGACGAACGCGCUGGCGAAUGGUGUUAUUUUCCAGAGCAUGAGAUGGACUGGGGGGAAUGCUGAUGGCGAUAAGAAGGUGUUGCUGGCCGACCAACAAUAUGACAAAUUGUUCCGAGCCGUCCUAUCGUAUUCGUACAUUUUCGACGUAUAUUACUACACAAAGCCGUCGUUGGAGCAGCUGAGAUUAUACAUUGCAUAUUCAAGCAAUCACUUUACAGGGCUUGCUUACUCUAUUCUUGUUCUUUUAGCUUUAUCAGCCUUCCACCUCAUAUUUUCAUACCUGUGCAAUCCUUACAGCAUGUCUCAUAUUUUCGAGCUCAAUGUCGCCGCUGUCCUCCCCGUCAAACAGGGUCAACUAACCAUCCAACAACGUCCUGUCCCAACUCCCAAGGAAGGCGAACUACUGGUACGCAACGCCGUCGUUGCAGCAAACCCCUCAGACUGGAAAAUCCAAGCCCUAGGCCUGUCUACCAACUUCCCAGCCGUACUUGGUAGUGAUCUCAGCGGCAUCGUCGUAUCCAUAGGACCAGGUGUAACACGCUUCCAACCCGGCGAUCGCGUCAUCGGAUUUGCACUAGGUGUUAUAAGCGAAAACAUCGAAAAGGCAGCGUUUCAGACCUAUACUCUUCUCGACGAGGUGGCCACGACUCACUUACCCGACAAUAUCAGCUUUGAUGAGGGUUCUGUACUUCCCGUUGGUAUGCUCACUGCGGCUAUCGCGCUGUUCGAUGGCCUCGGAUUGCCAAUGCGCGAGAGGAUUGUUGAUGAGGAUGGAGCUAUUCUGGUGUGGAGUGGUGCUUCGGCCGUUGGUGUUUCGGCAGUGCAGAUAGCACACGCGCUGGGAUGGACGGUCUACGCAACGGCAAGUCCAAAGCAUGACGAAUGGCUCAAGACAUUAGGUGCAGCAGAGGCAUGGGACUAUCGUGACCGACAAGUCGCGCAGAAGAUAGCAGAAGCCUUGAAAGCUUCCGGAACAAAGAUCCGCGGCGUAAUUGAUGCCAGAGCUGAAGGCAGCUCCUUUGAUUCGGUUGCGGAGAUACUCAACGCAGCUGAUCUGACACCAGGAUGCAAAGUUACUGCGCUGAUGCCGUGGCCGGAAGAAACGUCGCUGCCAGCUGGGAUUCAAGGACACCAUACCAACUGCGUGGGGUUCACAGUCAACUAUCCAGACAUCGCAACCUGGGCUUUCGGCGGCUGGUUGUCCAAGGCACUCAAAGACGGGAGGAUCAAGCCUGCGCCGAGGGUUCGUGUUAUCGAAGGCGGAUUGGAAGCGACACAGGAGAUGCUGAAUCUUCUCAGAGCUGGGGCAAGCGGUGAGAAGUUUGUCUUGAAAGUUUAG